UUGUUAUUAGGCGCGGCGAGGCCGGCGGCGCGCGGCAGCAGGGUUGGGCUCUGGCCGGGAGUCGACGGAGAGAGCGAGGGUCGGGAGCGCGCGCGCGCCCGCGCCCAGACCGUCUGCCGCGGCCGCUCGCUCUCUCGUUUCCCGCCUCCCGCCUCCCGCUACGGUCUUGUUCAGCCCCUCAGCCCUUCCGCGCACCUCCCUCACCGGCCCUCAGGGGACAAUACCCUACCAUCUGAGUCAUCCAGGCCAGCAACCAGAGGCAGAGGGUUCAACAAAGCAAGAGCGUGCCACCUUUCCGCCCAAGGCAUGACCAAGGCUCCAUGAUGACAGAGCAAUCAGAGGACCUGAAGGAUUCCCUGCCCACAGAGAGGAAGCAUGUGUGGAGGACGGCCGAGGAGAGGCGGAUGUCAGACCUCGCGCGGGUGUUGGAGUGGCUGGAGCGGAGGCAGGGGAAGAAGAAGCAAGCUCUCCAGAAGAACAAACCCAAGGUGGUGACACUCUCUACAGCACCUGUGAAGGAAGAAAAGAAAGCCAAAAAUGUCCAGAAACAGCAGGGAGGGAACCACCAGGUGGCAUUCUCUAAGCAGCUCCCCUCCCAGGCUUCAGGGCAAAGCUCCAAAAAGCACGGGGAAGCCUCCGCCCUAUACCGAAGGCUCUACAGAGCGGAAGCAAAGGGAAAACGCCUCAGCAGCAUGACCCCGGGCAACUACCCCAAGGAUGCACCUAGGAAAUCUGACUUACACAUCAAGGAUGAAAUCACCCAAGAGUCCACUCAGCGCUUAACGCCAUACCAUCGACAAAGCAUCAUAGAACCCAUGUUACAGGAUGCUAUCUUUGUCCCACGGAAGUCGACCCUCUUGCGAGACUGGGUUGGCAAGAUGCCCGACAUCUCCUACGAGCGGAAGCUGAAGAGCCUCAUGGAGAAGGGCAACGAGCCCAAGAUGGAGAUGGUGAGGAUGCUGAAGCCGGAGGAGGUGCUGAGCUGCCGAUACCUGAGGCUGUCCAAGAACAACAUUCGAACUUUGCUCAAGCUGUGCAAGGACGCAGGAAUGAACGUGGACAUCCACCCCCACGUGGUCGAAGGAGAGAUAGAUGCGAAAAAGGUGUUCAACCAAAACAUCAGUGUAGCCCUCUAA